GUUUGUUUCCGGUUUGAGCCGAAUUAAAUAAAAUGGAGUAAAGGUGCUUCUUUUCGGUAUACCUGGUCCUCUGACUCGCAAUAAGUUUAAAAUAAUUCUGUUGUUGGACUACUAAAAUGUCCAUUCAAAAGAAGUGUCCAGAUUGUGGCUCCCUGGAAAUUGUGGAGGAUUCUCACUACACUCAGAACCAGUUGGUGUGUGCAGAUUGUGGCUUUAUUCUAACUGAAGGACUUCUCACCACUACAUAUGCUGAUGAAGAACAUUUACAAGAAGUGACAUAUUCACGAAGUACUGGUCAAAGUGAACAGCUGAGCCGCUGCUUGCAGCGAGGUAUCAGACGUGUUCAGGAUCUCUGCAAAGUCCUUCGACUUCCUUCUCUGUUUGAAGAUACUGCUGUGUCCUAUUACCAGAAGGCAAUCAAAUGCCCAUGCUUUGCUUUUGUCAGCUUAGAGAAGAAGGAGAUAAUUAUAGGUUGCUGUGUUUUUGUGACCUGUAGACAGCACAACUGGCCCUUGACAAUGGGCACUGUCUGCUUGCUCCUUUAUGCAGACAAGGAACUGUUUGCCAGAACCUACUUGCAGUUCUUGAAGGAAUUGGCACUAGAUGUACCAACUCUGAGCUUGAUCGAUCUUGUGAAAACACAUCUCAACAGCUUUAAGCUUUUCCAGGAAUCGUCCAGCAUCCCAGCCAAAUUUCUGGAAGACAAGGAGAAGCUGUUGGCAAGGACAAUCCAGAUAAUAGAGCUUGCCAGUGAGACGUGGCUGGUGACUGGUCGGCACCCCAUCCCCAUUGUGAUGGCAGCAGCCUUCUUGGCAUGGCAGUCUUUGCGACCUGUUGAUCGCCUCGCUUGCACCCUUGCAAAGUUUUGUAAGCUUGCUAACAUGGACAUGCCACGGCCAGCCCCACAAAGACUGAAGGAAUUGCAUAAUAUCCUCCUUCAGAUGGCCUCUCAACUAGGUUGGUUGCGCGGGCUCAAAGUGGACCGGAGGACUGUGUCAAAAUACGUUGGAGACUUGCUGCAACAUCGCCGUGUGCUUCUACGGGCGGCUUUCCGUGUGGUGGAUACCACAAAAGACUACGAGCCUGAGAACUUCACAGCACCAUCAGACCAUCAGCCUACAAAAGCAACCGUUGCUUUGACGGAAGAGGCUUCUGUUGCUGGGAAGAAGCGGAUGCCUUUGCUUCCCCCUUGUAUCCUGUACCCAACAAAGAAGCCUCGACCCAGCAAUCCAGACCCUGAAGGUCCAGCCGUCACAGGGGAUGAGCCCAUUUUAGACAGUGAGAUCGAACAAUACAUCCGGACUCCAGAAGAAACGGAACUGUAUAGCAAAAUGCAAGUUCGCCUGUGCUAGUGAAGGUAUUUAGUGAGGGUUAAAAGCCUGCAGUCAGUGGCAACAGGGGUUGGGUUUCUUAUAUUUAUAGUUCAUAGUCCCAGACAUAUUUUUAUUCGGAGAUUAGAUGAAAUCCUUAUGUUCAGGAACGAACAACCUUGUAUCUUAAUGGUCUUCUGCAGUCUGUUUGCUUUGUAUGCAUUAGUUUGGGUUUUCUGAAUUCACAGUACCAACAAAAUAAAGAAGGUUAUAAUAAAGAUUGGGGAAAGCAGUGCUAAAACAUGAGCUUUAGGUUUUUUUUGCUAGAUGUUGGAAUAAACAUAAUUAAUAAUUUUCUUAAAAGGCAGCUCUUUGGCCUAGAUGUGUGUUGGUGAACACACUAAUAUGGUUCUGCUACAUUUUUAGUCCUGAACAUCAGAAAAAGUUGGAUUUAAUCUUACUACACUGAAGCUUAAUGAUCUGCAUCAGAUACACUCCUGGUUUAUUUUGCUUGCUAUUUUUUUGAAUUGGAUUGACCUUCUUUCCAGUUCAAACAUUGCUUUGCAUGUUAUUUUAGAAGUUUCCCUUGUGAGUCUGGUAACACUGAAGGUAAACAUUCAUUUAGCAUUCAAUGGGUUAAGUGGACAUAGGCUCUGCAGUCAUUGACUGAGGUUGAAAGUGAUAUAAGUAGUUUAGAGCAGGGCAUAUUGUGAUUCACAUACCUAUUUAUCUGUGGGGGGGCAAGAGGAAUAAGCAUGAUCAUGCAUGCCAUGAUGUCAUCAUGCAAAUAAGCUAAUUAUCAUAUGUAUAAAUGGGAUGAACUCAGCAUAUCCCUUUAAAUCUUAUGAGUGAAACUCCACUUUUCAGCUUCUGUUUUCCCCUCUUGUUAUUUGGCUAGUACCUACAACUUGUGUUUGACUUCAGCUAUAUAUAUACUGGGCCAAUUCAUCUCAAAUCUUCCUGUUUAUAUAUAUAUAUAUAUAAGCUGAAAUAGGAAGAUUUGAGAUGAAUUGGCCCAGUUGGGAUGAUAAAACACCUUUUGAAUGGGUGCAGAAAUAGGGCUUUUCCAUCCCUCAUGAAUAGUAGGUGGGAGAAAACCAUUCAUUAAGAGUGUGCAGGAGAUUUGCCUCCUAUCCCCAGAAUCUGAGAUGACCAGUGUAGUUGCUUGAAUGGCUGUUUACCUCCCACAGAUCUUUUAAGUGUUGGGUAAAUGAGUCCCACUGCUUGGAAUCAGUUUAGAAGUUUAAAAUAUUAAAAGAGUGUAGGUUGGGAUGGCAAAGCAUGGGUGGAACAUAAAAGCAAUACCUAGUUCAUUGGAUAUUGCAGUUCUUUUAAUAUAUUAAACAAGAAACAUCUUCUAAAAACAGUUCAUUUGUAUAAAAUGCAAACACAACAAAAAAUGUAUUAAAUGCUUUCUUUGGCACGGCUGUCUCUCAAAGAGCUCUGAUUUUGAUAUGUCAUUUGCUCAAAAUGUAAACCAACAAAAGAAAGGGUAGUUAUACAAAGUUUUCCCCAAUAAUAAUAUUUCAUUCUAGCAAGCAUAUAUAACAAGUUCAGCAUUGCCAAUAUCAUGUGGGUUGUAAUAUUGCCAUAUAAAAUAGUUAAGGCUCUAUUAAACAUCAUACAUACAUAUGAAAACCAAGAAGGUUGGGAGAAAUGACCUUUUCCAAAUAAGGAGGAUUAAGUGCUUUUAUGGCUUUUCAUGGCUAUUGCUUUCCAGAAGUCUUAGGAAAUUUCAAGGUUGGCCUAAGGCUUGUGAAACCACACAGCCUCUGCGGUUCUGUGGAGGUAGGUUUUGUGGAGUAGGUUUUCUCUUUUCUGGCAAGGAGGGCUGUGAAAAUGUGGCCCUUCUGCCCUCUGAACAGAGUGAAGAGUUUCUCUUUAUGGUUUUAAACAGGCAUAAUAUACAUCAGCUUAAAUGAGCUAAUUAAGCAUUAUGGAGCAGUAAAAAUAAAAUCCACACAUAGACACACACAUGGACAAAGAUUUGUGGUAUUUUUGCAUAGAACAACUGAAGGAAAAUGCUGUUACAAGCGCUGCCCUUUGGGUAUUUAGCAGUAAAUACCACUUUUGAUAACUUUAUGUCAAUCCUGGAAAUAAUACUAAGUUGAUACUGCGAGUGUUGCAAGGGAGAUUUCUGGGAAUUGCAAGAAUCCUGGCCAAAGAUUUUCCACUGGAAUGGAAAAACUCCCAAGGAAUAUUGGGUGCUGUGACCUUGGACUUGGUGGACUCUCUCCUUCAAGUACGGAAUUUUGCAUUUCUCCAAUAUUCUGUUCUAAACAACAGUCUCCUACAGGUGUAAUCCUAGUUCAUAAAUCCAACGCAAAAGUUAAUUAUGUCUGUCUCUGUAAACAAAACAAGGCAAUGAUCCUAAAGACCUAGCAAAAAAAGCCAACACCUUCCCUCAGAUGUAGCAAAAAUAUUGUAGCCUUGCUACAUCCUUCAUAAACAUGGGUGCGGUAUUUGCUUUUGAUUGUCCACAAAAUGUUUCUUGCUGGUUGUUGGCUAGUACAUGAGAUAAUUGCACAAUGUACUCUGAAAGGUUGAUUUUAAAUGAGCAACAUGCAUUUCUCUCCCCCUUUUACCCCAGUUGGGUUACAUGCAUUCUUCCCAAUACUUGGAAGCUCAGCUGUUCAUCAACAAUCUUUUUGUUGAUGUUCCUUUCAAUUCCAAUGAACUGAUGUUAUCGUUUUGACAUGAAUAAAAAAGCCUCCACUGAGUGCAUU